CAGAGACACUCUGUCUGGCAGUGUUUCUCGUCCGCCAUCUUGAUCCUCCCCUUUGGUAUUUUUGGCAAGAAUACUCUGUAGGUGGUGCUGGGUCCUUCUUACUGUGUUGCAUCAGUGGGCACAUGGUGUCUGGUUGUCACAUUUUCAGAUGAUACGGAUUAGUGGGUGCAGGUAUUGUCAGACUAAUUCCUCUAUUAUAAAGCUCCCUGUCUGCCUUUCACCUGUGGCGUAGCAGUCAUUGAUGGUCAUUGUCAUUGUCUGCUAUUUCUUUAGGGAUUGCAGAACCACUCAAUUUGCAUGCCUCUUGUGUCUGUCAGAUGUAAUUCUUCUAUUCCUCUUUAAACAUAUGGUGAUUUCAUUGGGGUCUUGGGAGGGGUCGGAAGUAAAUUUGUGGUUCAGUUCACCAGCUUGACAGCUGCUACAGUGUGGGUUUGGACGUUCAGUGUAGGUGAACACCGAAGCCAUCUAAGAAGUUGCCACGCCUGGAGAAUUAGGUAGUGUGAGACAAGUACAGGGCCAGAAGCAUGCUAGACAGUAAGCACCGCCCCCAAGCCAUAGGUGCAAUUGCUCUGUGGAAGUGCAUUGAGCUUGGGUUUCAGGUACUUUUCUGUUGAUAUGUUACAUUUAAAUUAAAACAUUGUAUAUGACCACAAAAUGUAGAAGCAGUAGAAACAAUCAAGGGUACCAGAUCUGGGCAGGUCUGUAGGAGGAAAACCAAGAAAUUGGCAUUAACCCUGAAGUGUUUCAUUGAAGGUCGUGGUCAGCACUUUCAAAUGCUGCAGAAGUUUAAAGAAGAUGAAGACAGAGAUUGAACUUUGGGCUUGGCAAUCACAAAUCAUUAGAGAUCUUGUUAUGUGAAGGUGGAGGAGAAACAGUUCAGCUGGACAUGGUGAAAGUCAACAGUGAAGACCUGACUGCGAGGGCUGGCCCAGAUCAGAGGAACCAGUGACCUUCAAGGAUGUGGCCGUGGACUUCACCCAAGAAGAGUGGGGACAGCUGGACCUUGUUCAGAGGACCCUCUACCGUGAUGUGAUGCUGGAGACCUAUGGCCACCUACUUUCUGUGGGAAAUCAGAUCACCAAGCCCGAGGUCAUCUCCCUGUUGGAGCAAGGAGAAGAGCCAUGGUCGGUGGAACAAGCAUAUCCUCAAAGCACUUGUCCAGAAUGGGUGAGAAAUCUUGAAAGCAAAGCAUUGAUCCCAACACAGAGCAUUUUUGAGGAAGAACAAUCCCAUGGCAUGAAGUUGGAAAGAUACAUAUGGAAUGAUCCUUGGUUCUCCAGGUUAGAAGUUUUGGGAUGUAAAGACCAAUUAGAAAUGUAUCACAUGAACCAGAGUACAGCUAUGAGGCAAAUGGUCUUCAUGGAAAAGCAAGUACUGUCUCAAAGAAGCUCUGAAUUCUCUGAACUUGGGGCAGAGUGUAGCCAGAACGUAAACUUUGUUCCAUCUCAGGGAGUUUCUCAGAUAGAACAUUUCUAUAAGCCUGAUACACAUGCUGAAAAUUGGAGAUGUAACUCAGCCAUAAUGUAUGCAGAUAACAUUACCUGUGAAAAUAAUGAUUAUGACAAAGCCUUCUACCAGUCUGUUAAACCUAUUGACCCUAUAGGAGUGCAAACCAGAGAUAAUCUUUUCAGAUGUACUGAUGCUGUUAAAUCUUUCAAUCAUAUAAUACAUUUUGGUGAUCAUAAAGGAAUGCAUACAGGAGAAAAACUCUAUGAAUAUAAGGAAUGCCAUCAAAUCUUUAACCAGAGCCCAUCAUUUAAUGAACAUCCAAGACUGCAUAUUGGAGGAAACCAGUAUGAUUACAAAGAAUAUGAGAAUAUCUUUUACUUCUCAUCCUUUAUGGAACAUCAAAAAAUUGGUACUGUAGAGAAAACAUAUAAAUGCAAUGAGUGGGAAAAAGUUUUUGGAUAUGACUCAUUCCUUACUCAACAUACAAGUGCUUACACUGCAGAGAAACCCUGUGAAUAUAAUGAAUGUGGUACGUCUUUCAUUUGGAGCUCUUACCUUAUUCAACAUAAGAAAACUCAUACUGGAGAGAAACCCUAUGAAUGUGAGAAAUGUGGAAAAGUGUUUAGGAAUCGUUCAGCCCUUACUAAGCAUGAACGGACUCACACUGGAAUAAAACCCUAUGAAUGUAAUAAAUGUGGAAAAGCCUUCAGCUGGAAUUCUCAUCUUAUUGUACAUAAGAGAAUUCAUACAGGAGAAAAACCUUAUGUAUGUAAUGAAUGUGGGAAAUCUUUCAACUGGAACUCCCAUCUUAUUGGACAUCAGAGAACUCAUACUGGAGAGAAACCCUUUGAAUGUACUGAAUGUGGGAAAUCUUUCAGCUGGAGCUCCCAUCUUAUUGCCCAUAUGAGAAUGCAUACUGGAGAGAAACCCUUUAAAUGUGAUGAAUGUGAAAAGGCUUUUAGAGAUUACUCAGCCCUUACUAAACAUGAACGAACUCACUCUGGAGCAAAACCAUAUAAAUGUACUGAAUGUGGAAAAUCCUUUAGCUGGAGCUCCCAUCUUAUUGCCCAUCAGAGAACUCACACGGGAGAGAAACCCUAUAAUUGUCAGGAAUGUGGCAAAGCGUUCAGAGAACGCUCAGCCCUCACUAAACAUGAAAUAAUUCAUUCUGGAAUUAAGCCCUAUGAAUGUAAUAAAUGUGGAAAAUCUUGUAGCCAGAUGGCUCACCUUGUUAGGCAUCAAAGGACUCAUACUGGAGAAAAGCCCUAUGAAUGCAAUAAAUGUGGAAAAUCCUUCAGUCAGAGCUGUCACCUUGUUGCUCAUCGGAGAAUUCACACUGGUGAGAAGCCCUAUAAAUGUAAUCAGUGUGAAAGAUCUUUUAACUGUAGCUCUCACCUUAUUGCACACCGGAGAACUCAUACUGGAGAGAAACCAUACAGGUGUAAUGAAUGUGGAAAAGCAUUUAAUGAGAGUUCUUCCCUUAUUGUACACUUGAGAAAUCAUACUGGAGAAAAGCCCUACAAAUGUAAUCAUUGUGAGAAAGCUUUCUGUAAGAAUUCUUCUCUUAUUAUUCAUCAGAGAAUGCAUAGUGGAGAGAAACGCUUUAUAUGCAAUGAAUGUGGAAAAGCCUUUAGUGGUCACUCAGCCCUACUUCAACACCAGAGAAAUCACAACGAAGAGAAACUGAAUUGAAUUGAUGAGAGGUUUUUCUUUUAUUGUAUGUUUGAUAUUACAUUGAAAAAACCGUAUAAAAAUAAUCAAGAGGGGAAAAUUUUCAUUGAGACUUCUCCCCUUAUUAUUUAAUAGGAAAUAUCUUAGAAGAUACCCUAUGAAUGAAAGGAAUAGGGAAAAGCUUUCAGUGCUUACAUAGCUCUUAUUCAACAUCAAAUAAUUACAGUGAAGGAAACUCUAAACUCCCCUUAUGGUCCACUAGGAAUAUAUACUUGAGGAACAUGACUGUGGGGAAUGAGGCGUCUUUUAGCAAGAGCUCUCACCUAUUUGUAGAUCACCAUGAAUUAAUGGGAAAAACCCUUAUGUCGAGAAAAGUGUUUUGACUGGAAAUACACUUUUUCAUCACGCUUGAGUAUUGAUUGGAAAACUUUACAAUAACAUUUUGUGCAUAAUUAUAGAUUUUGCUACUAAAAGGGAAGAAUCUAGGUGCCCUUUAAGGAAUAGAAUACGAAAUACUAAAUCUGAAUUUAAGUAAAGAAUAGUAUUGAAUGGUGCAUUUACUGUUGAUCAAGAUUAACCUUAGAAAAGAUUAGUAAAUGAGAUUACUAAUGGUGGAAAAGUUAUCACCUAUAGGUAUGAGACUGACAUUGGAGCAAAAGGUGAUACCUGAUAACCCAGUGUGUCAGUGUCCAUUGUUUAUUCACUGCAUUGUUAGGCAAUUACUUUGUAAUUUGUUUUAGGCAGUCACUAUAAAUUAUAAUUAUGGAUACUGCAUCAGUACACAUUACAUGAAGAAAUAAAGAACACAGAAUUGUAUAUACAUAUUUGCUAUAACAGAUCUAAAAAAGUAUAUAAGGCUGGUCGCCGGUGGCUCACGCCUGUAAUCCUAGCACUCUGGGAGGCUGAGGCGGGCGGAUU